AUGGACGUGCUUUGGGGAUUUUUGUCUGCUAUUUCAAGAGAUUUGGUGCGCGGAGUAGUGAAUCAAUUGCGUUAUCCUUAUUGCUUCAACAAAUUUGUUGAUGAACUUGAAAAAGAAGAAGGCAAUUUGAUUGCCACAAGAAAUACCGUCCAAGACCGGGUUGCACAUGCUCAAAAACAAGCCAAAAAGUCUACUGAAGUCGUUGAAAAGUGGCUGAAUGACGCUAACAACGAUGUAGAAAAAGUGAAUCAAUUGCUAACAGAGGCAAGAACCAAAAAGACUUGCUGUUUUGAUCUCUGUUCAAAUUGGAUUUGGCGAUACCAAUUAGGGAAGAAGUUAGCAAAAAAAAGAAAUGAACUUAAAGAAUGCACUGAAAAAGGUAGACAACAUAUACAAAUUGAACGCACUGCUACACUUCCUUCCAGUACGCUUGGUUUUCUCUCAGGAAAUUGUUUGAAUUUUGAGAGUAGAAAAUCUGCACAUGAACAGUUGAUGGAGGCACUGAAAGAUGAUCAGGUUGGCAUGAUUGGAUUGUUUGGGAUGGGUGGUUGUGGUAAAACCACGUUGGCAAUGGAAGUUGGGAGGGUAGCAGAGGCAGAACAUCUCUUUGACAAAGUGCUUUUUGUGCCUGUUUCUAAAACGGUAGAAGUUCCAAGGAUUCAAGAAAAAAUUGCAAGUUCACUUCAAUUUGAAUUUCCAUCUCCAGAAAUUGAAGAAAUUGAGAGAGCUCAACGCUUAUUCCAUAGAUUAAAACAAGAAAAAAGGAUUCUUGUGAUUUUAGACGAUGUGUGGCAGAGGCUUAAUUUUAGAGCCAUAGGGAUUCCCUCUCAUGAAGAUCAUAAAGGUUGUAAGGUUUUCAUCACCACACGAUCUGAAGAUGUUUGUAAACUGAUGGAUUGUGAAAGAAAGGUUGCACUACAAAUAUUGAGCAAUGAAGAAGCGUGGAUGCUUUUCCAAAAGCAAGCAAAUAUAUCUGAGGAAGCUUCCAUUCCCUUGGAAUUGGCAAGAGACAUCUCAGAUGAAUGCAAAGGAUUGCCUGUUGCCAUUGCAGCUGUGGCUGGCUCUUUGAAAGGCAAGGAAGAAGUUUCUUGGAAGGUAGCUUUGAAUAGAUUGAGAAAUUCGAUACCAGUGAACAUAGAAGAAGGUUUGCAAAAUCCUUACAAGUGCCUCCAAUUAAGCUAUGAUUAUUUGGACACUGAAGAAACCAAGUCACUUUUAAUGUUGUGUUCUGCAUACCCUGAAGAUUAUGAAAUACCAGUUGAAGAAUUAACUACUUAUGCUAUAGGUCUAGGUUUAGGUGGAGAAGUUGGCUCAUACGAUGCAAAAAGGAAUGAGGUAACUGCAGCUAAAAAUAAGCUCAUAAGUUCUUGUUUGCUGAUAGCUGUUGAGCAGUGGAUAGGUAUUGUGCCACGGAAUCAUGUCAAAAUCCAUGACUUAGUGCGCGACGUAGUACAAUGGAUUGCCAAGCAUGGGAAUAAAGAUGUGAAUGAAUACACUCAACCAAGAUACCUAUGGUGUGAGGAAUUUCCAAAUGAAAGUGACUGUUCCAAUCUUGAAUUUAUAAGGACACAAACAAAUGUGGAAGCAUUGGAUGAAAUAUUGAGAAGGAUGAGAAAACUCAGAGUUUUGAUUCUAGAAAAUGUGGGGUCCCAGAAGCAAUUGUCGAUGAUGUUACUCAAAUCGAUGACAAAUCUGCGUUAUCUAGCCCUUGAAGAAUGGGAAUUAAGCGACAUCUCAAUUGCAGAAGAUAAAUGGAAUCUUGAAGGUCUUGCAUUGAUUAGAUGCUCAUUCCCUCAAUUAUUAAAUGAUGUUCUAGAUAAAGAAUUGUCAUACUUGAAAUUGUUAGAGAUAGAGGAUUGUGGCAUGGAAUGGAGUACUUUAGAAGUGAUCCUAAGACUACCCCAACUGGAAGAAUUGUACGUAGUCGACCGUCGAAUAAAAAAUAAAAGUGUUGUUUGCUCUGAAAACUUUGACAAGUUCGUUGUUCCACAGAGACUGCAACGGUAUGACAUCCUAUUUGGAAGAGGAUAUGUUGUUACUUCUAUUCCCACUCAUGACCGAAAUUUGUCGGUAUAUGAGUUUCACAUGUCAAAUGAAAUUAUCAAGGGUUUUGCAAGAAAAGCAGAGACUUUGCGACUGGGUUCUAUGAUGGGAUGUGAGAAAAAUAUUAUCCCUGACAUAUUUGGAACAGAAAGGGGAAGCAUGAAUGAGUUGAAAGGGCUUGGGGUGAAUCGUUGUACAGAAAUAGAGUGCUUAGUUGAAAACGACAAGCGGGAGAUAUUAAAUGUCUUCUCCAAUCUGAUUCACUUACAAGUUGGAGGAAUGGAUCAGCUAAGAACCUUAUGGCACGGUCGUUUGCCUCUCAGUGGGUCUUUUGAGAAAUUAGAGUGGCUGCACAUAGAGGAAUGCCCAAAACUAACUUCUUUAUUUGCUCUAAAUGAAUUCGAGCGACAGCUUCCUCUGCCAUUCAAUUUCUUCCAAAAUCUUAAAUUUGUUAUCAUAGCAUCUUGUGGAGAAUUGAAAUACUUAUUCUCAAUCUGCGUGGAAGGAGACUUAUCUGGAUUGAAGGAGUCAGAAUUAGAUGAAAUCAUGGAGGAUGAGAAGCCUCAGGUUUUUCCAAAUCCUCAUUUUGAAUCUAAUCAAUAUCAAAAUUUGCGAGCAAGUACUCCUAUUCCAUCAACGUCAUCCUUUGCCAACCACCGAGGAUUAUUCUCUUUGUCCAAGCUUACAUCGCUUGUAUUAUCCGUCUGUCCGAAGUUGGGUUCCUUAUUUACAUCAUCCAUUACUAAAACCUUGAUCUCGUUAGAAAGUUUGGAAUUAUUUAGAUGUGAUGAAUUGAAAAACUUAAUAGAGAUUGACCACGACAAGAAGAGUUGGGAUGCUGUCUUCCCAAAAUUAAAAGAGCUCACUGUAGACUCCUGUGAACAUCUGGAGUACAUGCUUGGCCCAUAUCAUCAGAGGAUUCGUAUCCUUCUCCCAUCAUUGGAAAUUCUCGGACUUAGGAAUUUAUCCAAUUUUAUCAAAUUAAACUCUUCUUCACAGACUUUAAAGGAGUUGAAAGAUAGUUACGUGAAUUCAGAGAAUUCUUUCACUUUCCAAAAUCUUAAGAAAGUGGAGAUAAUGAAAUGUGAAAGAUUGGAAGCAAUUUUUCCUGCAUCUUGUUUGAGAUAUAACCUACCAGAAUUAGAGGUUCUGUGUAUAAUAGAAUGCAACGAAUUAAAGCAGAUCAUUGAAGAGGAAAACACAGAGAAUCAGAAUUUGUCAAAUUUUCUACAGCCACAGCCAUGCUUCCCAAAACUAAAAAUGCUGUUUAUUCAAAAUUGCAACAAGUUGAAACGUUUCAUCUCUGCAUCUAAAUGUGAUCUUCCCAAACUACAGUUUCUAAUCAUAGGGGAAGCCUCUGAGUUAGAAGAACUAAUUGGAGAAGGUGACGUGAUAGGGAAUGCGAAACUUGAGCUUCCAAAGCUGAAUGCUUUAAUAUUUUGGAAAUUGACAAAAUUUCGCCAAGAGAUUGAAUCACAUGUUGAGGUGGAUCGUGUUGUCCAUGAUUGUCCAAUUCUCUCGUCGACUCCAACUGCCAUUCUUAAAGAACUCUUGUCAAAAAUAGAAGAUGAUGUAAUAAGAGAGUGUGAUCUCUCAGACGAGAUAGGGGAAUCUCUUUUUAGAAUGUUGUUGGAUAUAGAAAUAGAGUAUUUUCUUUAUACAAGUUCAUCGGAUGAAGAGACUACAUCGGGAGACACUGGCAUUGAAGAUCUGGGCGAAGCCACCGUAGAUUCUUCAGAUGACCCUAAAUCUCGAAGAGCAUCAGGAAGUGGGUCGCCUUCUUCACAAGUGAGUUAUGCCAGCUGA